UGCAGUGAGUUAGGCUCUAGGUUGCCAUGUUCGUUGCUUUAUCUUCUUUGUUUACACGUUGCAGACGAUAGCAGACUACCUGGAUAAAACAUCCAGGAUCCAGAGAAGCUACGGCUUUAGAUGGUGCACCACUACUACUAUGCAGGAAAAUGGGCAGCAAUCCGACGUAAAACCGCGGGUACAACAACCAGAUCAUGAUCACACACUCCAUUACGUGACCCAUACGUCGUUACGCCAUUCGCCAUGCUUCGAAUCCGUCGUUUCUAUUACGGUGUCUUCCUAUUGGCAGCGAUGCCAGUUGCCUAUUUCAUCUUCCAUGUCCACAACGAGGCUACCCCGAGAGUGAAAUUCCCCUCUUCCGGUCAAUACAACUUAAAGUCAAAAGAAGAACGCAUUAUCCAUCUUGUGCACAUGGCAUCUAAAUUUAAUUCAGAACUUCCGCUAAAACCACACGACCAGAAUUACACUAGGUCAUCUGUUAAUAAAGAAGAAGCUGAAUUAACAUCGACAACAGGUACCGGUAAACACCUUCAGUUGUUCAAAGAAUUUUCAUCGGCGAUACCGGUAAUAGAUAUGGAUAGGAUUUCAAACCGGACUCAAGACGUUGGAUCUAAAAUUGUUCUAAAACUCAAUCCGUCACAUAGGAUUCGUGUUCCUCAGUCACGGAAAACAAUUGCAUUCCCUUUAAAAUAUAGGGAUAAAGACCUCGACAUUGACCUUGACCUUUAUAAGGCGAAAACCACCACAGCAGUUGGUGCAUUAGGACCACGGCAUGAAUUAAAAACAAGGAACGAAGUCUUAUUGGCCAAGACCAAUGAAACUCCCGACCUCGACUCGAAGGUGCCAAAUGUGACUACGGAAAAUCCCUACAUGAUAAAGAUGAAGAUCAAGGCCGAUGUCAUAAAAAAUGAGCCCGUACCGCCUACGAGAAGUCGGGCGUGGAGAACGAAAAAGGAUUCUAGUUCGAGACUAGGUCGAGAGAGGGGGUUCCAGGAAUACCCUGCAGCUUCUUUGGGUCACGCGAGAGAACCUGUUACAACUGAUUACCAUUUUGACGCAGGUCAAAACAGUAGACGGAAUGUUAGGAUAGUCUCACGCCCGAGUUCUAAUUUGCCAGUUGAGAAACAGCGAAGAAAUACAAGCUCUGCCGCUAUUUCUACUACGGUGUCUCUGCCUUACCCAGAGGGUACGACUCGUUCUAAAACUUGCAAUGCGUGCUUCCAACUGCGUAUUUCAUAUGUUAUAAAUCCGAAACACGUAUGCCAACAUGCCGGUGACAGAAUUCUGGUUUUGAUCAUCGUUUUUUCGGAGCAUUCGCAUCGGGACAAGCGAACCGUGAUCAGGGAGACUUGGGGAAGCGUCACAAAUAAAAACGUGGGUGUGGUACGUCUUGUUUUCCUUUUAGGAGACAUAGACGACGAAUAUGAGAAUUUAGAAACGCGCAGAGAGAGUGCCAGAUACGGUGACAUCCUCCUGGGGGACUUCGAGGAGAGUUUCAGAAAUUUAACCUUAAAAACUGUAAUGGGUUUAGGUUGGGCCACACGCUUUUGCACACGGGCGAAAUAUCUCAUGAAAACUGAUGACGAUAUGUGGGUGAAUAUUCCCAUGUUUUUGAUAAUCGAGCAGAACUUCGAGUUGGAGAAAGUGGUAGCGGGGACAUGCUGGUUGGAAAGAUGGGAACCUCAUCGAAACGAGGAUGAUAAAUACCACGUCUCGGAGGCAGAAUACCCUCAGAAAUUCUUUCCAGAAUUGUGUGUCGGGACUGCAUACGUUAUGACGCUGCAGACUGCCAGUGACAUCUAUCGAGUGCAUCCGAAUAUUCCCUUUUUUCAUCUAGAGGACGUCUACGUUGCGCUAUGUCGGGAAUAUCUCGGUUAUGGCGUGGUUCCCUUACCAGGGUUCUCGAAUAAAAAAGAGCCAUUCAGCGUUUGCUAUUACAGGACACAAUUGGUCACAAGUCAUUGGGUGGGCGAGGCAGAACUUCGCGAGGCCUGGACUAAGGUGUGUUUCCUUGCGCCUAAAGACCCGAUUGUGGAGUUCUUCAAUAAGUAUCCCCCUCUUAGUCCAAAACACCCGCGACAUCACAUUGGACGCCAACGAUGACGUCCUUAGGUGUUACGCUGGUAUAUCUACUGAGUACGAAAGUGAGUAUGUAAUGUUCAACAGGGAUAAGUUGGCUACUAUUCCGAGCUACCGUUCUUCGCAAUUUUCAGUAACUUCUUUGCGAUUCUCAGUUACGUAUUCCCAAUUCGCAGUUUGUGGUACUACCGGUAUGACGGAACGAUCAAUGACAAUGGUUGGGCCGGGUUACCAUUACCAUUUGCUCAACUGUUUCCAUUAUCACACUUUGGCGUUAAAAUCCUUGGUGAUCCUGUUCGAUGGUGUAUGGAAUGGACGUGAUGGCGUAUUUCUGAUGGAGACACUUUUUAAUUCAUGAAGAAAUGCUAUAUAACCGGUUCAAAAGUUAUUGGGCCGUACUUCAUAUAUCUUUAAAAGCCUCUCUUCUUGCCAGACCCAAAGGUAAUUCGUACAUAUUUUGUCCGCAUAGUUUGGGGCUAUGGAGCACCCACUACCUGGUCUAAUUUCUUUGAAAUUUGUUUUUAUUGAUCUUUGCUUAGCAACCAAACAGGGUUGUUCUCAUUUCAGUAGCCAUGGUAACAAAACAAACGUUAUUUGUUUGUGUUUCGAGUGCAUUGAGGUACAUGUAGUGCAUUGAAUUUGAACAUGUUCCGCUCUCUGUACGGUUUAUUUCUCGAAUUAUCUUGAUGAAAUAAACCCCCAACGAUUUCAUUCAAAUUCCGCACUGACAAUGCUGAACACAAAGAAAUCCUGUUUGGUUUCGAAUCAAGGAUCAAUAAAAAAACGUAUUUCACGCUUCAGAGCGCCGAACGAUGCGGACAAAGCAUGUACGAUUGGACUUUAAAUAUACAGACCCUCAUGUCAACUUUCCCCAUUCAAGACAGUUGAGCGGAAAUUAAUCUCCAUCCAUGAGCCCAAUAAUGACAAGUACAUGUAGGUCUGUGCCAUGACAUGAUCGACACAUUCAAUGCAAUUUUGUAGUUUGUGUCAGCGUGUAGAUACAUACACUGUAGAUUUAUGAUGGAUGGUGAAAGUAAGUCAAGUGCGUUUCGGAGAAUAACAUCACCAGUCCUAGGAAAACCGCGACCAUAAAGCAGUCCAUUGCAAGCAAACUUGACAUAGAAACAUGCGCAUAGCUUCAUCUUGGUAUUGCUGAUUUCGGGCUACUGGAAUGCAGUAGGUUGAUCAAGUUUCGGUUGACUAGACUACCUGUGUGUGCUACACUCCAUUAUGCUCACAGUGAUGUGAUCAAGUUAGCAUUUGACAUGGAAAUACUGUUGUCAUUUUAAUGACUGUAAUCAUUUUAAUGGUGCAUUAUGUGUUUUUGCAGAGACACGACCACCAUUGAAUAUUCACAUGUUGGAGGGUCCAUCCAUACCUACAAUUAGCGGCGUUGCGAAAACACGGAACGGAACGGAAUAAUGUUACGGAAUAUGGUCUGCAGACGCCCCGUAAUGAUCAUGCCAGUUGUUGUUGUUGUCGUUACAGUAAACCCCGGGUGCUAAGCGCCCAAAAAACUGACAAUUGUCGGCAAGAUUGAUGAAAACACAACAAAAUUAUAACUUUGGUCAACGUUUGUUGUGUUUCAUCACACCUUUCUUGGCUAUGUAGCACCAGAGCUAGAGUAGAACAAUGUGGGCCUGGCAAAGUCAUCUCCGGACUCCCUCUAAGUGCUCAACCUUGCUUUUUUACGUAGUUAUAAACUACAGACCGGAUUUUCACCCUAUUCCGUAACAUUAUUCCGUUCCGUUCCGUUCCGUUCCGUGUUUUCGCAACGCCGUACAAUUAGACGCUAGUAGGCCUAUAUCUGAUAUGUCAAGUCAUCAAAUUCAUCUUUGGAGAGAUAUUUAAAAGAUAUUUACAUGUAACUGUGACAAAUGUAUAGCUAUAAUGAAAUUGAAGACAUUGUUGUGAUAUUUGCUUCCUUGGUAAUAGGGUUAAAAAAAGGUUUUGCUGCAAGUUGGUCAAAACUGGGUGAAAUAUUCAUUCCCGCUAACUGCUCCGAUUCUCUCGAAACUUAAGUCCCAGCUACCACUUAAGAUUUCAUUAGUUACUUGUCUGACAUUCCAGAAUAUCAUAUUGGCAUUUUAGAUUCAGAACCCCACGCGUGAAUUGACGGAUGCGGUCCAACACUAGUGAGUUUUGGCAAAGCCCUCGAAACGCAAUAGCGAACGCCUAUCCCUUUCUCUACCUCCUUAUGACGAUGCCGAACAAUGUGAUAUAUAUAUAUAUUUAUUUAUUCCUCCUAUGCAGAAGAAGAUAUACAAAAUAGUAUACAAUAAAUUUAACAGAGUGUAUGAGGAGUGAGUGCAUUAUUUACAGGUAAUUUGGUAAUUAAUUGAGUGAGCUGGUUAAUACCAGCACUCCGCUGCAAUUUGCAGCAAUGACAUGUUGUCUUCUAGGUCGCAGCCAGGUAUUUGCUUACCUAGCAAUGUCUCUGUUAGAUCAUUGUCAUUCAUGUUCCACAGUGCCGCGGACACCUCUACGGAGCAUUCGUCUACGGCUCUUUCCCAGAAUAGGUCUCGCUUUACCGCGAGACCCGAGCACUCGCAGAAGAGAUGUCGUGGUGUGUCCGUGUAUGCGCUUUUACAAUGUGAGCAAUAUAUAGGCUCUUGCAAUAUGACAAAUGUGUUCAGCUUUGCAAGAAAAGCAUAUCUAUGUUUACUCCUCGGGUCCUUUUGGGCGGACAGCCAGAGGAGGGACGGAAAGUCCAACGUUUUCUCAAUGUUCAGAAUUCUGGUUAGUUCGCAGUCCUUGUUACACGCGGACACGAAGUUAACAUUUUCAUGAGUCUCUAUGGCUAAUCGUACAGUCGAUUUCCAGACGGAUUUGUGAGGGAAAAGAGCUGGGUCCGUGGCGGCUAGUUCUAAGUAAUCCGAUAGAUGAUAUUUAUAUAACGUGUCCCUGAGCAAGGGAACAUAGCCAAUGCACUCCUUACUGCGGGUAGUUCUGUCCUGCAUGGAUAGGUACCUGAGUCUGAAUACCGUCCACGGGAGUUUGCAUGGCGCUUUACUUAAGGCUACAAGUUGACCAAGGAACUGGAGACGUCUAGCGUCCACUGAAGAUUGAAUACAAUGGCUCCCGAUCAUUGCUUGAGCCACUAAAGUCCUAGUCAUUCUCGGAAAUCCUUGCAUCCUUUUCAAGCAAAAGCGGUGUGCCCUUUCGAGGAUCAUCGUUUCGCGCGCAGACAGAUUGUCCCAAAUUUCACUACCGUAGAGCGCUCGGGGGAGGCAUACGGUGCAGUAGAGUUUGAAAGACGAGGUUGGAUUAAAACCAGAAGGUUGAAUCCCCGGACCUAGGAUGCACAUUAACGUAUUUUUCAGCUUCUGGGCGGCGGCUAUUACUUGCCUCAAUGGCUUGGAGUGCUUAUCCUGGGAUACCCCAAGGUGCACACAAACAUCUGUUUCCCUGACGGGUUUGUUACCCAAGUGCCAAUUGCGGAGUGGCUUCGUUCUUUCCCACUGUCUCACGCUUUCACCGAAUACUAUUAUCAGGCACUUUUGUCCAUUGUAGUCGUAUCUCCACUUAAUUGCAUACUGGUCACAGCACCCCAUCAUGCCGUCUAAUCCAAACUUUGAGAGCGAUACCAGGGUGAGAUCGUCCGCGUGGCAAGGCGAUCCACAGUUCACGUCUUCGAUUUUAGCACCGACAUCUAACUGA